AUAAAAACAGAAUUUUUUCGAUUAAUGAAAAUAGUACUAAAACCGAACCGCGCCGAAGUGAGCGCAGCAAUGGUAGCAAACAAAUCAAUUUUAUUGCUUUUAUUGAGUGCAACGAUUAUAUCAGCUUUUCCUGCCUACAGCCUGUUCUACAAUUGCGAUUUUCUAGGAAGAAAAGGAUUGUCUGAAAUAUGUGUUAUCAGGGAAUCGAAUGUAAUGAAAGCACUAUUAAAGAAUAAGUUUCGAGAAGUUAACAAUUUAAGUGGACUGAAUUAUUUCGUUCCUCUCAUGAAAUACUUUGAAAGCAAAAAUUUGGGAAAACCAGAGUCAACGACUAGAAUUGGCGACAAAUCUGACAAAACUGACAAUAACGUUAAUAAAUAGUUUUUUAAAAUUGUAUAAGUUCAAUUCAAAACACACAUAAAUAAAUUAAAUAUUGAAUAAAAUAA